UCAAAAGUUUUCUGUCAUAUGUUGGAUUACACGGUUUCGAACAACAUACAAGAAAUGCCAAAGUUAAGAGUGUGUUGUAUUUGUGGUAUUUCUUCAGGUUAUUUUAAGAAGGAUAGAAAUUCCCGUAGUUUUUUUAAUUUUCCAAACCCGAAUAUCAAAAAGUUAGUGCCAUUUGAUAAGGAUCUGUUGGAAAGGAGGCUUGUUGCAUGGAAAGAAGUUGUUGGAACUAACUAUGAUAAUGUCCCUAUUGGACUGACUUGUGUUUGUUCUGACCACUUCCAAUCAGGUAAACCAGCUCGCUUUUCCAAUGUAAACGAUAUUGAUUGGAUACCAUCAAAGAAUUUGGAUCUGUUGGUCAAUAACAAAACAAGAAACACUCAAUAUGCUAACGAACAUUCACACAAUUACAAUGAGGUAUGAACUGUUGGCAACAAUUGAUUACCCAGCAGCACAGUCACAAUAUCCAACGUUAACUUUUCCAUCAGAAUGUAAUGCAGCCCACGGUGUUGUUGGGUUUAUUCCUCAAGAUUGUGAGUGAGUUAUAUGACUGCGAAUGAUCACAGUGCCUUUGGGAAGUGGAAAGGCAAGAGGUUUCUCGGCAAAAGUGUUAUCUACAUAUUGGGGAGAACCUUUUAGAUUUUUGUAUGCCUCAAACUUCUCACCAUUACUGCCAUUCCGUUCAAUAACUAAAUAUAGAACUAAAUAAUGA